UCUCGCUGAGGACUGAGGAAACGCUGGGUGAACUUUGCCCGCUUCAGUUUUUAGCGUAUUCCCAAAUCGCGCUGUUUUGUUUACAUUUUUUUGUAUUUAAUCGAAGUGUUUUAUCAUAAUAUUUUUUUUAAAGAUGUGGUUUAUUUAUUUAUUAAGCUGGGUGUCUUUGUUAAUACAGGUGUCCUUUGUUACCCUCGCUAUUGCUGCAGGUCUGUACUACCUGGCAGAGUUGAUAGAGGAGUACACAGUUGCCACCAGUCGUAUAAUAAAAUACAUGAUAAUGAUCUCCACGGCAGUACUGGCAGGACUCUACCUGUUUGAAGGCUUUCCCAUGCUCAUGAUUGGGGUCGGCCUCUUCACUAACCUGGUGUACUUUGGCCUGCUGCAGACGUUCCCUUAUAUUAUGCUCAGUUCACCAAACUUCAUCCUGUCAUGUAUUCUGGUGGUGAUAAAUCAUUAUAUGGCCUUCAAGUACUUUGCAGAGGAGUACUACGCCUUUUCGGAGGUUCUAGCAUACUUCACAAUUUGUCUGUGGGUGAUACCAUUUGCUUUCUUUGUAUCCCUGUCUGCUGGGGAGAAUGUUCUUCCAUCCACAAUGCAGCAAGGAGAUGAUGUGGUGUCAAACUACUUUACCAAAGGGAAGAGGGGCAAACGCUCCGGGAUCCUCCUGAUAUUCUCCUUCCUGAAAGAGGCUGUUUUGCCAAGCCGGCAGAAAAUGUACUGAAGCACUACACUCAAAGGGUAGAGGACAGAUUGAGGGCUUGGGAAGGGGUGAGAGAUGGGUUAUGGGCAGGGUUUCCAGGUGUCCUAGUGAACUGGAUUCAUGAGAUGAAGGGAGAGGGGGAUGUUUAGGGGGCCGAAAGGUAAAAGAACUAAAGAGAGAACCUGUGUGGAGUACCAUGUCUGGACGGAUGCACACAACCUGCCACGGACAUACGAGCUCCUCAACUGAACUAACAUGUCUGUCUCUCUGUUUUUCCAUCUGUUUUAAAUGAAGUGAGCACAGCCAAUUUACGCUCCAUAAGUGACCCUCAGCCGUGGAAUGUCUUCAGGCUCUGGUUUCCUUGACAGGCUUUAUUAAGACUGAUUUGGGACUGAAAUGACAGGGAGUGACAAUUGUCAAUUUUGGUGUAGAACUUUGUUUAAUUUGUGUCUGGAAUUUUGUCCAAAAAGUCUUUCAUUUUUAAAGGCUUGAAUCAUAGACAUGUGAUGCAGUGUCUUUAGCUGGAUGAUCGAUGGUGUGGGCUUCUUUGCAUAAUUUGGUGACAGCAAUACUGUCAGUAGUUGAAGCUGAAGAUUCUCAUGUAAUUUGUCAUACUGCAUUCAUCACGGUAUUUGCUCCUGCUUUUUAUUAUUUGUAAGCUGUACAGAACAAAAUAGUUUAGCUUAACAUUUCCGAAUUAAGCACAGAUGAGAUUAUCUGUAAGAUGUAAUGGUAUAUAGAAGAUAUCAACAUAUUCUUACGUUUCUUACGGAGAAGCCAAAAAAUGUUUAGUACAUGUAAGUGAAGUUUGUUAGUCUCAUUACAUUCUUCAUAAUGUUCGAAAGCAUUAACACUGCUUGUCUUUUUUUUUUUCUUUUUUUUUCUUUCCAAACCCAAGUGAAUUUGACCACAGUGGUCUUUCGUCAGAUGUUUUUCACAUGCAGUUAAUAAAAUGGCAGUUAAAUUUGA